UAGCGCUCACCUCUCAGUCCCAGCCAAGCCCAGGAGCGGAGAGAGAAAGAGAGAGGAAGGAAAAGUUUGCCAAAUGGAUUUCUCUGCCGGAGUCAGACCUUUAUUAUUUUCAUAUGUACUCAUUAACGGCAUAUUAAUUACUUUACAGACUAAAGAAGAGGUGCUUUUGGACAUGAGGGCAACAGGAGGUGAACUGGGCUGGCUGACAUGGCCCUUAGAUCAGGGAGACAAGCCUGGGUGGGAGGUCACCCAGAAGUCCCUGAAUGGCUCUCAAUUCUAUACGUAUUCCGUCUGCAAUGUUGGGGAACGUGAGCAGGACAACUGGCUGCGCACCACCUUCAUUCAGCGGCGUCCAUCAGCUUCCCGGGUUUUUGUUGAACUGCAGUUCAUCGUGCGAGAUUGCAACUCUUUUGAUGCCACCUCGCUGACCUGCAAGGAAACCUUCAACCUCUACACAUCUGAAUCAGAUGCAGACGUGGGCACUACUUUCCGCAAGGGCCAGUUUAGGAAAGUGGCCACCAUAGCGCCUGAUGAGAUCACCAGCAAAAAUGACCUGCGAAUCAACACUGAGACGCGAGUGGUGGAGAACCUGUCUCGAAAAGGCUUCUACUUGGCUUUUCAAGACAUCGGAGCCUGCGUUGCUCUCCUCUCCACCAGGGUCUACUACAAGACAUGUCCAGCCACAGUGCAGAGCCUUGCAUCAUUCCCUGAGACUGUGGCCGGAGGUGGUGAGAACCAGGCGCUGAAGGAAGUGAACGGGGAGUGCGUGGAAAACGCCGUCAGCGAGGAGCUGCCUCGCAUCUACUGCACUGUGGAUGGGGAGUGGGUGGUACCUGUUGGACAGUGCCAGUGCAAACCAGGUUAUGAAGAAGUCAACGAUUCGUGUCAAGAAUGUCAGCCUGGCUUCUUCAAAGCUGCAGCAUCCAGUGACAAGUGUGAGCAGUGUCCUGCCAACACCCAGAGGUUGGACUCUGGUGCUCUUCUUUGUCCCUGUGUGGAUGGCUUCUACCGGGCCCCAACUGACCCCCCUACUGGACCCUGCUCAGGCCUUCCCUCUGCCCCACGAGACCUUGUGGCCAUCACCACCCAGCUCUCCGCAGGAAAACUCCUCCUCUCCUGGAGCCCGCCUGAAGACACUGGAGGUCGAACUGACAUCACCUACAGCGUUGAAUGCCAGCGAUGCGAGGGCAGUGUGUGCCAGCCCUGUGGAGAGAAAAUCCGCUACGAGCCGGCCAGCACGGGCCUGACCGACACCAAGGUUUCAGUGAGUGAGUUGGAUGCUCACCUCAACUACACCUUCAAUGUGGAGGCACACAGCGGCGUGUCGAUGUUUGCCAGUCAGGCGACACCGCGGGUUUUUAGACCACCAUCCACCAACACUCUGACUACAUCGCUGCACUACACAGAGCCCCCCAAGAUUACCACGAUGCGACUGGUUGAGAGGACCUCCACCAGCUUGUCCCUUUCCUGGGAUGUAUCCCCCAGACCACGGAUCCAAUCCCGGCCCAUCCGCUAUGAACUUACCUACCGCAAGAAGGAUGAUAACCUGGAUGUGACUACCUACAUCGUGCUCAUACUGGAGAAGAAUUUUGUGCAUAUCAACGAUUUGACCCCAGGCACGGCUUACCUCUUCAGGGUGCAGGCCCUUGGAAGCGAUGGCAGCCCUGGAGGCUCCAGCAUGGAGGAACAAUUUGAGACCUCAUCUGAAGGACGCCUUACUCAAAACAACACGGCAGUCAUCUUCGGCGCAGCAGUUGGAGGCGCGGCCAUGUUGUUCAUAGUGGCCGUGGUCCUGUUCCUACGCAGACGGAAAAGAAACUCCCACACCAGACAAGGACCAGAGGACACCUACUUCGCCAGCUCAGAGCAAUUAAAGCCUCUGAAGACCUACGUGGAUCCACAUACAUACGAGGACCCCAACAUAGCAGUCCUGAAGUUUGCCACUGAAAUCCACCCCAGCCACAUAACCAAACAGAAAGUCAUUGGAGCUGGGGAGUUCGGUGAGGUGUAUCGUGGCAUUCUGAAGGUCCCGGGGAGGAAAGACGUGGCAGUGGCUAUCAAGACACUGAAGCCAGGUUACACAGAAAAGCAGAGGCAGGAUUUCCUAAGCGAGGCCUCCAUCAUGGGCCAGUUCUCCCACCAAAACAUCAUUCGCUUGGAAGGAGUGGUCACCAAAUGUAAGGAUUUCUUCAAACAUGCCAUGAUUGUGACUGAAUACAUGGAGAAUGGAGCACUGGACAGGUACCUUAAGGACCACGAUGGUGAGUUUCCCUCCUUCCAGCUGGUAGGCAUGCUGCGCGGCAUCGCAGCAGGCAUGAAGUACCUCUCUGACAUGAGCUACGUCCACCGCGAUCUCGCUGCCCGCAACAUCCUCGUCAACAACAACCUGGAAUGUAAAGUGUCAGACUUCGGCCUGUCCAGGGUGCUGGAGGAUGAUCCCGAGGGGACAUAUACCACAAGUGGAGGUAAGAUCCCCAUUCGCUGGACAGCUCCUGAGGCAAUAGCAUACAGGAAGUUCACCUCAGCCAGUGAUGUGUGGAGUUUUGGCAUUGUCAUGUGGGAGGUCAUGGCCUUUGGCGAGAGGCCUUACUGGGACAUGAGUAACCAUGAGGUGAUGAAGGCCAUCAAUGAGGCUUUUAGGCUGCCAGCGCCAAUGGACUGUCCCUCAGCCGUUUACCAGCUGAUGCUGCAGUGCUGGCUCCAGGAUCGCUCCAAGAGGCCGCGCUUCGGAGACAUUGUCAACCUGCUGGACAAGCUGCUGCGGAGCCCAGACUCCCUGAAGACCAUCGCAGACUUUGACCCACGCAUAUCCAUCCGCCUUCCCAGCACCAGCGGCUCGGACGGUUCCCCCUUCAGGUCGGUGUCUGAGUGGCUGGAAUCCAUCAAGAUGAGUCAGUACAGUGAGAACUUCACCUGCGCUGGGGUGGUCACCAUGGAGCAGGUCCUGCAGAUGAAGAAUGAGGAUAUUAAGAACAUUGGGGUGAGGCUUCCUGGCCAUUUGAAAAGAAUUGCUUACAGCAUUUUGGGUUUAAAGGACCAGACCAGCACCCUGAGCGUCUUUGCAGUGUGAUCCUGACAACGAAGGGAAUUAAAUUCGGGCACUGAAGCCGGCAGCCCUUUGGACUCCAACCUAAGCUGGGGUAAAACUGCAGGGACGGCCUUGGAUCGGCAGGACCAAGAAAACAGCGCCAUCCUUUGCGGCCGACUGAAUCAGACUGACUUACUGUACAUUUUUGAUUUCUUCAUCUUAUCCACACGGGAAACAAGCAAAUAUACAACAAUAGAUGUAUCAAGUAGACUCUGUAUAUUUAGAUAUCUAUUUUUAUUAUCCAUGCCUUUUGUACAGUUACAUUUCAUUGCUCAUGCAUUUAUUUUUUAUCCCCUUCAUUUUGCAUUCCUGCUUUAUAAAAAUCAACAAUCAAUCCAGUUCUGGGAACGGCUUCAGUUUACCCUGAGCUUGUUGCAUGUGGUAUCAAACAAACAAGGGAAGAACAGUAAGUGUGAUAGUGUGGGAGCAGUGGAGUCGGGGCCUGGCUCAGGUUGUGGUUGGUGCUGAUGUCACAGCGUUUCCCUUUAAUUGGCACUUUGGUCCAUUUCCUGUCAGACCGAUGAGGAUGGAAUGUUUUCGAGAGGGCUGAAAUGAGCUUGAGCUGGCCCAGAGUUAAAGAGAUGGUGUUGCUUAGGUGUAUAAACACAGACAGACCUGGUGUUGUUACUGGCCUUCUGCUGGCUGCAGGAAUUAAGCUAUAAUCAUAUAAGUAAUGUUAUAUGAAUAAAAAGAGAGAGCAUAUAUGUGAGGUACUCUUUGUGUACAGACUACCCAAAACACUGGGGUUAAAACGUUUAAUGUAGCACUUGGAUCGAGAAUCUUAUUGUCUUGGUUUGUCUCAGACUUGCAAGAAAAGGGCAAUUACACACAAAAUCCUGAACAAAAAUGAAAUGUAUCGAAGCAUGGGCGUAGAUUUCAGGGGGGACAAAGGGGGCAUGUCACCCUAUUUAGAAUGCGCAUUUGACUCCCCAGUGAAAGUAGCGGAGGACUUUUAUUUUGAUGUCAUUGACAUGACAGUGAACCCCAAACCCCCCCUUUUAAUAUUUGUCCCCCCAAAUGUUGAAACAAAACCUGCGCUCUUGUAUCGAAGUGAUAAAUUGUGUGAAUGCAACUAAUUAGAAUACAAUCUGUUUUUAGCGUGCCGGUAAUGAAGAGGCAGAGGGUGAAGUUUGCCAAAAAUGCAAAAGCCCCAGGAAAAAAAAAAAAAAAAAAAGAUUUUAUGAUGAUGAGUCUUGUUGUGGUUGACAUGAUUUCAUACUUAAUAAUAGUUUGGUUUUCAAUUUCAUUGUCUCGUUUAGUUUUGUAGAAGCUAUAAAAAUAUCCAUUCAUGUUUCUGUUGGUUUGAGUAACAUGUUGACCGGAUGAAACUAUAUGCUUUGACAAUUAAGUGCCCAGCUCGUUCCAGACAUUCAAAGACAUUUUAAAGUGCCUGUUUGUGGAACAUUAGCGAGAGUUUGCUUCUGUGUGUUUUAAUGAAGCAGCUCUCCACUGUAGUGGGAAGUGUAUAGUGGACAGUUUCCCCAGUGCUCUUAAUUGAUGACUGCAAAUCAUUGUGUUACUGAUGUACACCUUCCUUUACUUGAAUUUUUACUGUGUUUUUCAAAUGUAUCCAUGAUACUAUUGUAGCUGAUAGAUCCAACUUUGGAAAAGGGAUUUUUUUUUUGUUUUUGUUUUUUGUUAUUACUCUGGUUUACUGGUUGCAAUUACAUUUUGUACAUUUUGUAUGAUUUCACUAUCACCAAACUGAUUAUUUUUCUAAGCUCAUCACUUUCCAAAACGAUGUCUCCUACCUUUGCUGCCUUUCCAAACCUUUUGAGAGUUCCUUCAACAAAAAGCAAACUCCUUCCUUUUUGCCUGUUGUUUUAUACUGUAUUUAAUAGCCUAUUUAUUUUUUACUUUUAUUUAUUUAUGCUGAUAAACACUGAGCUGGGACUAUAAUUGAAGGUUGUGCUCUCAUUCUCAAUAAAAAAAAGUAAAAGCCCUAAUGUUCCUUUUUUUAAUUCUUGAAUUAUUACUGCCAUCCUGAGAUCGCCUU